UGUAUUUGAGGGAAUAGAAUUGCAUGACUUUGGGUAUAACAACUGGUAGAAUUUGGCAGACGUAGAAGUGAGCGGGCUCAUUUACCGUCAUUUGGAGGCAGAGCUCAUGUUUUCCUAUUAAAAUAUCAGUGUCAAAAAACAAAAUGAAGAUAUUUGCAGCAGUGUUAGCGGUUAUCGCAGUGGUAAAUGCAGAUAUUUAUAUGCACAACCCAAGGGGAAGCAACAACAGACUUGAUGAAAAUGGAAGAGAGAGAAAUAAUGGAAACAGAAUGUUUGACUCCCAGAACAACAAUCGAGGAGGUUACAAUGUGGGUAGUUUGUACUACACUGCUGGUUCAGUACUACCAAUAGAAUGGACUAACCAGCACAGCUGUGGAGAUCCAAAUGCCAAUUGUGAGCUUGUUAUGCAAUACAUGUGUGGAGAAUGGGUCAGAGAUGGAACUACUACCACAACCAUCCCUGAGAACCCUAACCAGUGUUAUAAUUAUGACUGUAACACAGACAUCCGAUAUGGUAUGAAUGAGAACUUUGAUAACUACCUCAAUUGUAAGAUUCGCCAACGUGAGGCCAACCUCUUUACAGCUGACCAGAACCUUAACGGGGAGACUGCAAGGUAUACCAGACAGAAUCCACAAGGAACUAGGAGGGGGUAUGAGUGUCCAGAAGAGAGGGAUCAUUACCCUUACUGGGGUCCUACCCCAUGGAUGGACAUUGCUGUUUUCACGAAUGAUGCAGAGCGAUGCGAGUACUACCAAACUGAAAGUCAAAAUGUGAAAUCACGAUGGGCUUGUGACCUUCCCUUCUCCUAUUUACAAGAAAACAGGAAUGCUAAUCGUAACCGGCCAGUCAUUCCUAUCACUAAGGAGGCAUGUGAGGCUGUAGAGAUAGAGAAUGCUGCUGGGGGUAAUGCAACCUUUGGAGUCUGGAAGGAAUAUGCUUCAUUUAACAUGUCAGCUCCAGCAUGCAGAGAAAACCAUUGGAGUAGAGAUAAUCACCUUGGUAACGGAGUCAACGGACAGCCUAACACCUACAACUGGACUAUCCCUGAAACUCUUAGUGAGAGUUGUGUUUUACGUAUAAGGUAUAACAUUUCUACUGGUGAGUUUGAUGGCUGGGAUGGUUCCACUACAGCUGAACUAAAUGCAGAGGGAAACCAAGAGAGCACACUUGAUGUAUAUACAAGAUAUGGUUUAACAGCAGAAGAAGCUGAGGAUAGAGGCUAUGUCUUUGAGAACAAUCCUAACGUUGAGAUGUUCACUGAUGCUGCUAAUGGAGAUAACUUCAAUCUACAACUUGCUAUUAACACAGCUCAACUUGGUAGGACGUUUCAAGACAGGUCUCAUACCUUUGCCAUUCGUGCUAAGCCUGCAGAGGUCGCUGCUAACACUGUGUACAAUCUCAACGUAAGAGGCAAACGAGGCAACAUUGUUCAAGUCUUUCCCGGAGUGGAAUAUGAUUUUGUUCCAAAUAAUUUGGAAAUGAUGCCUGGAGAUUUCGUUCAUCCACAAUGGACUGGAUCCAAUUCAAAUCCAAACAAUAAUGAUGGUCAAGGCCGUCAAGGGACUGACCGUAGCAACAUUGCUUUGCUCAAAGAACAGAACUAUGAGGAAGGUACAGGAGCCUACUAUGAACCGUUUGGUGUGAGUGGGCAGUAUGGUAACAGCUAUCCUAAACAUCUAGCAGAUACAUCAUUUGUGGGAUUAGCUGCUCAGACUCUCAUAAACAUGGCUGUUCUGCAACCAGGUCAAUUUCGAGGUGAGAUGUCUGAGUUGGAUGAUGCUGGUACUUAUUUUGAUGCCAAGCCUCUCAAAGUCACAGAGACUGGGACGCACCACUACAUGUGUACAAGGAAUAAUAACUUCUCCAACCGUAGCCAGAAGGGACGUAUGAAGGUUGGUGUGGAGCAGACAGCUUAUAGUGCUAUUGGCUAUACAGGAGGCAAUGUGACUACUUCUCAUAGUGAGCUGAACUUUGGUCGAGGUUCCCUGGAUCAUUUAGAAGACAUCAAGGUUGUUGAAUGGGAUCCCCAGCAGGGUAAGUGGGAGAUAGAGCGAGUUGAUGGUUCACCAGAUGAUAUCCCAGGAGAUAAGAUAGAGAGUAACUUUGUGACCAUCUACCCCACCGGUCAAAUCACCACCGCUGAUGAGACCUUCACUCUUCGCCUCUUCCUCAACGGAUCUACUUCAGAUGUCGUUGAGCUCUUCCGUAGCGACCCAGAAUCCUUUACAACUUGGGAGAAGGUUGAAUUCAGCAGACAAGGCAAUGCUCUAGCUGUAGAGACACAGAGUGGUGGGACUUAUGUAGCUACAGGAUCAAGUAAUGCUGGCCAGAUUGCUGGUAUUGUCAUAGGAUGUAUUGCAGCAGCAGUCUUGAUCAUUGGUGCUGUGGUCUACUUUAGAAUGCACCCUGAGAAGCUUACUAAUCUUACCAAGUCAGGUCCUGUUUAACAUAAGAGCUAUUAUGACAGUCAAGGUGCAUGCCUCAUGCCUCAAUGUUUGAAGACCAAUGUUAUAUAUCUGUUCAAAUUGGUUCGCAGAUUCUAUUGCAAGUUAUUUGCAUUUGUGACACAACUUCUCAAAACCAUUAAUAUGUUGCGAAUUCAAAAAGAUGGCUGGAUUUUUCUGAAUAAGUGUCAUAGAUUACUCCGAGUAAUCCAUGGUGUUACAGUGGGCUCCUUGGGAGUAACUACUUCAUAUAUUACUGGAGAGUUGGAAUGUCUAUUUUCAGAAAAUAUACACAUAAUCAAAAAGUAUAAGUUGUGCGAAUUAUUGGUGGUUAUUAUUGGAGUAAGUCACUUCAAGUAAAUAGUUUAAUAGACAAGCCUAGUCCUGACAUCUAACAAUAGAAUGACACAAAAACUCUUUAAAUGUUGCACACAAGCUGUUUAUAUUCUACUCAUCUGUGUUUCUAGAUAAACUUAAUUUGUUCAUCUUUCCAUAAGUAUUUCAACAUGUACAUGAGAACAUUGUAAAUAUAAGAUAUAUCUAUAAUUUUUACAUAGAAAUUCAUAAUUUCUUAUGUCUAGUUGUCAUCAUGUCCUUAUUACGUGUAUUAUAAAAAGCACUUUUUUCAAUGUAUAUUGGUGUACUUAAUAUCUUUCAUUGUAGUACAGAGUUCAUACAGAUGGGUUUCAGUCCUUUUGGAGAAUAUUGAUUGGUGUUAGAGGAAGAUUGGUCUCUAGUAGAAGGAAUAUGUUUUAUACAAUGUUUAUAAUUCUUUCAUGAGACAAUGUUUUCUUAGUCACUCAAACUGCGAAUACUUUGCUUUCUUGUGAUGUUUUGAGUUUUUCUUGAUAAAGUGUGGUCCAGAAAUCAUUUGUGCUUGCAGGAUUAAAAGUUGUAUCUUUACCAAAUAUUCCAAUGUCUUUCAAGUUAGUUACACCCUCCGACUCACUGGUACUUCUUGAAGAAUGAGAGCUUUUUUAAAGAGAAAAUAUAUUGAAGAAAUAUUUUAUUUGUAUGGUUAUCUGAUUCUGAUUUCAAUGUGCCUAAUAAUUAUCUUACGAUUGAACGAGUUUUGCAAGGUGUUGAUUUCAUUGCUUUUAUCUAGAUACCUUGCCUGCAAGUCUAUUUCGUGUGUGAUACUUAUAUUUAUAUCAACAAAAGUACUAUUGUGAUCUGAUGAACAUGGCAUUAAUUUCAUAACUUACUUGUAGAUAAGUGAGCAGAAGUAAUCAUGUUCUCGCUGUUGUAUCGGUAAUAGUUUGGUUUACAAAUCUAUCAAAAUGAUAUGAAGGAAUCGGACGAAGGGGAUUUAUUUUAAAAAUACUAAUGGGUAAAAAGAACCAACAAGUGAGCAAUACUGCUGUCAAAUAUUUACAAUGUGAGACUUGUGUGUUGAUAAAGGUGAAUACUUCAUAGGAUUAAAAAAAAGUAAACAUCAGUUUGUGGUGCUGUUCCGUAAAGAUCAGUCAAAAGGAAAAUGAGUUGAUCCUGCAAUGGACAGUUUCCUGUAUUUCCAUUCCUUCUGCGCUCAUGAUGUUCUCACAGGCUUUAGAUAUGUCUGUUGGCAUCUACUUUGAACAAGGCAUAGUUUUUUUUUCUACAUGAUUCUCAUCCGCUGGUCGGAUAAUGGGAGGAAAAUGAAUAAAUGGUGUUAUCAUGUAAUUGAAAAGAGAAAGAAAAAUAUGUUCUUAAAGAUGAACUGAGAAGAAACAAAGCUCCAGUUUGGUGGUUGAAAUCUAAGACAAAUUCAGACUGAUGAUUUAACAUUACUUGGCUACAUUCACAUGGUAUAUAAUAGCUAACACUAUGAUAAAUUGUAACUUCAUUACAUGUAACAUUUCUCACCGACUGUUUAUGUAGGUGGAUUUUUUGCAAUAAAGCCAUUUAUAUUUUUGCACUUGACAUGGGAGAA